AUGCCUAUCAAAUUACCCAAGAGCUUCGCUCGACGAAAGUCGUCCGGCAACGUCCUGGAAGACGUGGAAGCCCCUCAAUCCUCCUUCCGAGUCUUCGAGCGCCCGGGCCCCCAUCGAUCUAUGACAGACGGUGAAGCCCUGUCCAAGCAUCACAGUGAAGGCAAUGCGGUGCCCUCGGCGCUGGAUGAUGAUAACAUCUUUGCCGAGCGGCCUCAGGACAAGCGGUAUGAACGCCCCUCAACCAUGGAUUCUCUCAGGAGACGGCUGACGGGAAACCACGAAAGCGGCAAUUACGAAAGUUCUACGUCAACCCGCCUCAGCUCUUCCUCUACCAUUCCAUCCUCCACAGAGGUCCCCGAUGAGAAUCAAUCCCCGCAUUCGAGAAUCCACGAUGUCCCCGCUCCACCACCCCUCUCCAGUGCCUUGCGGCAAGCCGCUGGUCGGACUUUCUCCUUUGGUGGACGCUUUGGAAAGUCCACGCCUGCUGUCCCUCGUCAGCAAACCCCAGACGCGACCAAGAACCGCCCGCUGACGGGCAGUACUGACAGCACGGCUACUCCACCCAAGUUGCCAGAUACCAAUUUUGCCAUGGAAUCUCAGGAUGAUUUCAAUAAAAUGUUCGAGAAUCUAGGUGGUUCCUCUGUUCGUGAUCGGUCUCCGCAGCCGAAGAAGCAUUCUUCUCCCCCAGCCACCCAUGCUGUGCCCGAGUUCCAGACCAGUAGGGCUGGGGCCCCCGCCCCGAUUCACAUCGACCGAUCGGCCCCCGUCGAGUCCCCUCCUUACUCAUGGGGUCGUCGCCCGUCCGAGGAAGGUCUGCUGCACAAUCGGGAUGCAUCUCUCGAUACAGUUGGUUUCCGGAGACCCUCUCCAGGCCCGAACCACCUCAGCGAAGCUGCCACAACGUCGCAUCGUUCCUUGGAGCGACCUUUGGGGAACAAGAGCGACCGUGGAGGACUACGGAGAAGUGGGAUAUACUCGCCAUCAGGGGACGCCCUGCCCUUUGAUGAUGAAGAUGCGAAAAUGGUCCGCCAAUCUCUCAUGUGGAGUAAGGAUUCUACUUCGCCUUGGGCUGAGGGUGCAGCCACCAGUGGCUCAUACAUGGACAAGGGCAAAGCGCCUGUUCACUCUGGGAAUGCCAACCCAGAGCCUGAUAAUAUGUUCCAGUAUCGUCGCUCGCCGCCACCCGCCGAGCGACCGGAUCCUGCUAUUGCGGCCAACGCGCGGCUGGCGGCUAGGUACGCGGAGAGGCUGCCCAAGUCAACCUCGCCGGGUAACAAGGUGAUGACGCCAUCUCAGUUUGAGCACUAUCGUCAACAGCAAGAACUUCGACGGUCCAAUAGCAAUGCUUCGAAGAGUGACGCAGAGUCUGACCACGAUGAGUUCGAGGAUGAGGAAGACGAGGUGGAAAAACAACGCGAGACGGAACGACAACGGCGAAAACAAGAGGCUCACCUCUCUGUAUAUCGCCAGCAGAUGAUGAAAAUAACCGGUCAGCAGGCGCCGAUGCACCAAAUUCGCCCAGCCAUGACUGGCGCCAGCAACAGCACGCCCAAUCUGUUACCCAGUCGCUUGUCUGUCAUGGGUGACAAAUCUAACAGUGGCAAGAGUAGUGAGGAAGAAGACGAUGAUGUGCCCCUAGGCAUUCUCGCAGCGCACGGAUUCCCCGGCCAGAACCGCCCUCCUACUCGCCUGAACAACGUCAGCUCCAACCCCAAUCUUCGAGCUUCCAUGCAACCACCCUAUAUAUCGUCCGCUAGCUCCCUCUCCGGUGCCGAGAACGCUGGGAAUCGGGGGAGCCUGCCUGCCUUUGCACGCAACCUGCCACAAGACCCUUACUUUGGCGCAGGGUUGGUGAACAACCCCAACCGUGAAUCACUGGCACUUGGAGGUGGUUCUGGCUCGGUACAUGGAGGGUCUUCCUCUCCUGCGCCCACUCCAGGUGGCUUGGUAGGAGUUAUAGCGAAUGAAGAACGCCAACGCGCAAUGCGCAGGGGAAGUCCGAACACUCAAGCUAUGCACAACGUGCCUCGGCCUCACUCCAUGAUGCCGCAGAUGCACCAAAUGCCCGGCCCACAGCCUCCUGUGACCCCAGGAGAGCAAGCGUCGAUCCAGCUGUCACAACAGAUGACGAACAUGAUGCAAAUGCAAAUGCAGUGGAUGCAACAAAUGAUGCAGAUGCAAGGUGGACAAGGUCAAGCCAUGAUGCAGGGUAUGCCAAUGCCUCCCAUGAUGAUGCCUGGUGGACACAUGCCUCCGAUGGGCUCACCCUCCGGAGGACCUCCUUCCAUCAGCGGCAACUCGAAUAUACGUCCAAUGUCUAUGCCUGUCGGCUCCAUGCUUAAUGUUCCAACUUCGUCUCACCCCGAUCAGCGCACCAUGAGCAUGCUAGACCCUAACAUCUCCACUCGCCGCACUGGCUCACCAAUGCCAAAUCUUUCCGGCAAUGCAUUCCGUCCCCAGACCAGCUAUGCGCCCUCCAUCGCACCUUCCGAGCGUAGUAACGCCGGCAUGGCACCUCGCUACCGUCCUGUCUCCGUGCUUCCCCCAGACACCAGCCACUCCGCUGGCUCGGCGAACAAAUGGGGCGACGAGAACCAACCUCCCUCUGUGUUGAAUUCCCAAUCGCACAACCUGCCCAAAUCACAUCUCGCCACCGUGACCGUCCGCCCCGUCUCCCAAAACAGUCGUCUGGGCUCCGGACCAGGCCACAAGGCCACAUCCGACGACGAAGAUGACGACGAAGCCUGGGCCGAGAUGAUGAAGAAACGCGACAACAAGAAGUCAAACUGGAAGAUGAAGCGGGGCACUUCCUCAUUCGGCGAUCUUCUCAGCGCCGUGCACUGA